UGCAACGCAACGCGCUGUUCACAGGAGUGCUCCGCAGCUUACAGCUUACCGGGCGCAGGUCGCCACAUUGCUUCCUUCUUCCAAGUCCUCCUCUCGUCCUUCACCGCUGCUAGCUUGGUUGUCAUGGCGUAUCGUACGAGUAAUCAGCAAUAUCCACCUGCUCAAUAUGACUACAAUCCCUACGACCAAUCCCAUAAUGGCUACAACAAUGGAGGAUACGGUAAUGAUGGUCACAAUAUGGGGGAAUACAACAAUGCAGGAUACCCUGAUGACCCGUCUGGAGGUGCUAAGGAGAGGGACAAGGGCGUAUUUGAGGCUGAUGAUGCCAUUCCGGUCAGGCCCACAGGCCCGAAGACGUCAGGAAACAUGAGGAAGUGGAGAAACGACUACAACAGCGAUCUCUGGGGCAGAGGUGGAUUCUGGCCUUCCUUUGGCAGAUUUCUCUGCUGCACGGUCAUGAUCGCCGUCUUCAUAAUCCUGAGCAUUCUGUUGUCCUUGGCUUUGUGGAUCGAGCCUCCCAGUGUCUCCAUAGGCGAUCCUACUGUCAACACCAGUGGGAUCACAAUUGCGAGCGAUGCAUUGAUUGUGCCGUUGGACAUUAAUAUCAGCGUGAACAAUCCGAACUACUUCGCCGUCGACCUCACAAAUCUCCAACUCGAUCUGUACUAUCCUCUCGAUGGCAAUAAAACUGCCGUCGGGAGCGGUGAAGAGAAGAACGUCAAGUUCAAUGCACAUGCAAACACGAAUUUUACCUUCGACCUUAAUUUGCAAUACAACAUCACAAGUGGGGAUUCCGAGGAUGUCCUUGUGAGUCUCGCACAAAAGUGUGGACUCCUCGGGUCUUCCACGUCGGAUAUCACCGUCGACUACACUGUGCAUCUCGGGGUCAAAGUUUUGUAUAUCCCGGUCAAUCCGACAAUUAGCAGUAGUUUCAGUUUCGCCUGCCCGCUCAGUAGUACUGAAAUCGAGGAGUUGCUCAAAGACGCCGGAAUAGAUCUCGGCGAUUUAGGUUCGUUGCGUAAGAGACGAUAGGAGCGGAAUCAGAUGCAGAAGAGGAGCAUCAAAACGUACAGGUCUUAAUGACGCUUACAACGCCCCUCCC